AUGUUGCUGAGACUUCUUGAUUCAUGUAUUCGAACAAGGAAUCUGAUCCUAGGGCAGAUCAUUCAUCAACAUCUUCUCAAACGCUCCCUUACGCUGAGUUCCUCUACCGUGCUCGUCAAUUUAACGCGUCUGUACGCGUCAUGCAACCAAGUGGAACUCGCACGCCAUGUGUUCGACGAAAUUCCUCAUCCAAGAACCAAUCCUAUUGCGUGGGACGUGAUGAUCAGAGCCUAUGCAUCUAAUGGUUUCUCGGAGAAAGCUUUGGAUUUGUACUUCAAGAUGCUGAAUUCUUGUGUUAGACCCACGAAAUAUACGUACCCGUUUGUCCUGAAAGCAUGUACUGGUCUGCGAGCAAUCGAAGAUGGUAAGUUGAUACAUAGCCAUGUGAAAUGUAGCGACUUUACAGCUGAUUUGUAUGUGUGUACUGCUCUGGUCGAUUUUUAUGCGAAAUGUGGGGAACUCGAUAUGGCAAUACAGGUGUUCGACGAAAUGCCAGAAAGAGAUAUCGUUGCUUGGAACGCCUUGAUUUCUGGGUUUUCUUUGCAUUGCUGUUUAACUGAUGUUAUUGGAUUGUUUUUGGAUAUGCGUAGAAGUGAUGGACUCAGCCCUAAUUUAUCCACCAUCGUUGGGAUGUUUCCUGCACUAGGAAGGGCUGGUGCUUUGAGGGAAGGGAAAUCGGUUCAUGGAUAUUGCAUACGAAUGGGCUUUAGCAGUGAUUUAGUUGUUAAGACGGGGAUCUUGGAUAUAUAUGCCAAAAGCAAGUGCAUUAUCUACGCGAGAAGAGUUUUCGAUUCAGACUCUUUAAAGAACAAGGUAACCUGGAGUGCUAUGAUUGGAGGCUACAUAGAUAAUGAAAUGAUAAAGGAAGCUGGACAAGUGUUCUUGCAGAUGUUGGUUAAUGAAAACAUGGCAAUGGUGACGCCAGUGGCCAAUGGGCUUAUUCUGAUGGGUUGUGGGAGAUUUGGAGAUCUUAAUGGAGGCCGAUGUGUACAUUGUUACACGAUUAAAGCAGGCUUCAUCUUAGACUUAACUGUUGGAAACACAAUAAUUUCCUUAUACACCAAGUAUGGAAACUUAUGUGAUGCUUUUAGGCAGUUUAGUGAGAUGGGCUUGAAAGAUAUUGUUUCAUAUAAUGCUCUUAUCUCUGGAUGUGUGGAGAACUGUCGCGCAGAAGAGAGUUUACGUCUAUUUCAAGAGAUGAAAUCAUCGGGAAUUAGGCCAGAUAUAACAACAUUGCUUGGUAUUUUAACUGCUUGUUCUCACUUGGCUGCUUUAGGACACGGUUAUAGCUGCCACGGGUAUUCUGUUGUUCAUGGCUAUGCAAUUAAUACAAGCAUUUGUAAUGCACUGAUGGAUAUGUACACAAAGUGCGGAAAAGUUGAUGCAGCCAAGAGAGUUUUCGAGAUAAUGCAUAAGCGGGACAUAGUUUCAUGGAACACAAUGAUGUUUGGAUUUGGAAUUCAUGGGCUUGGCAAAGAAGCUCUUUCUCUAUUUGACAGUAUGCAGGACAUAGGUGUGAACCCAGACGAGGUGACUUUUCUUGCUCUUUUGUCUGCUUGUAGUCAUUCAGGACUUGUGGAUAAAGGGAAACAAGUGUUCAACUCCAUGUUUCAAGGAGAUUUCAACGUUAUCCCAAGAAGAGACCAUUAUAAUUGCAUGACUGAUCUCCUAGCCCGUGGCGGAUACUUGGAAGAAGCUUACGAUUUUGUCAACAAGAUGCCAUUUGAUCCUGACAUUCGUGUGUUAGGUACACUUCUCUCUGCUUGUUGGACGUACAAUAAUGUGGAACUUGGCGAUGAAGUGUCAAAAAAGAUUCAGAGUCUUGGAGAUGAAGGAGGAACAACAGAAAGCUUAGUUACUCUAUCCAACACCUAUUCAGCUGCUGAGAGAUGGAAUGAUGCAGCGAAUAUUAGAAUGACACAGAAGAAAAGAGGGCUUCACAAAACCCCGGGUUAUAGCUGGGUUGAUGUUAAUUAA